UGUACCGCGGCGGCAGCGCGCUCCGGCUGUGGCGAGCCGGGGGAGGGGAGCGGCGGCGGCGGCGGCGGCGGCGGCCGGGGCUGUGGAGCCUCGCGCGGGCGACCAGGAGCCUCUGAGCGCGGCGGGCGGCGGCGCCCCGAGCGGUCGCCUCAGCAUGUCGGUCAGCGUCCAUGAGACCCGAAAGUCGCGGAGCAGCACGGGGUCCAUGAACAUCACCCUCUUCCACAAAGCCUCCCACCCCGACUGCGUGCUGGCCCACCUCAACACCCUGCGCAAGCACUGCAUGUUCACGGACGUCACACUGUGGGCAGGCGACCGUGCCUUCCCCUGCCACCGCGCCGUGCUGGCCGCCUCCAGCCGCUACUUCGAGGCCAUGUUCAGCCAUGGCCUGCGGGAGAGCCGGGACGACACGGUCAACUUCCAGGACAACCUGCACCCCGAGGUGCUGGAGCUGCUGCUGGACUUCGCCUACUCGUCCCGCAUCGUCAUCAACGAGGAGAACGCCGAGUCUCUGCUGGAGGCCGGUGACAUGCUGCAGUUCCACGACGUGCGGGACGCCGCCGCCGAGUUCCUGGAGAAGAACCUCUUCCCUUCCAACUGCCUGGGCAUGAUGCUCCUGUCGGACGCUCACCAGUGCCGCCGGCUGUACGAGUUCUCGUGGCGCAUGUGCCUGGUGCACUUUGAGGCGGUGCGGCAGAGCGAGGACUUCAACAGCCUGUCCAAGGACACCCUACUGGACCUCAUCUCCAGCGACGAGCUGGAGACGGAGGACGAGCGCGUGGUCUUCGAGGCCAUCCUGCAGUGGGUGAAGCACGACCUCGAGCGGCGGAAGGUGCACCUGCCCGAGCUGCUCCGCAGCGUGCGGCUGGCCCUGCUGCCGUCCGACUGCCUCAAGGAGGCCGUCUCCGGCGAGGCCCUCCUCAUGGCCGACGAGCGUACCAGGCUCAUCGUGGACGAGGCGCUCCGCUGCAAGACCAAGAUCCUGCAGAACGACGGGGUGGUCACCAGCCCUUGCGCCCGGCCGCGCAAGGCAGGCCACACGCUGCUGAUCCUGGGGGGCCAGACCUUCAUGUGCGACAAGAUCUACCAGGUGGACCACAAGGCCAAGGAGAUCAUCCCCAAGGCGGACCUGCCCAGCCCCCGCAAGGAGUUCAGCGCCUCAGCCAUCGGCUGCAAGGUCUACGUGACCGGGGGCCGGGGCUCCGAGAACGGGGUCUCCAAGGACGUGUGGGUGUAUGACACCGUCCAUGAGGAGUGGUCCAAGGCGGCGCCCAUGCUGAUCGCCCGCUUCGGCCACGGCUCUGCCGAGCUGGAGAACUGCCUCUACGUGGUCGGGGGACACACGUCCCUGGCAGGCGUCUUCCCGGCCUCCCCGUCUGUCUCCCUGAAGCAGGUGGAGAAGUACGACCCCGGGGCUAACAAGUGGACCAUGGUGGCCCCGUUGAGGGACGGCGUCAGCAAUGCCGCAGUGGUGAGCGCCAAGCUGAAGCUGUUUGUUUUCGGGGGGACCAGCAUCCACCGAGACAUGGUGUCCAAGGUCCAGUGCUACGACCCCUCGGAGAACCGGUGGAGCAUCAAGGCUGAGUGCCCCCAGCCUUGGCGGUACACGGCGGCCGCCGUGCUGGGCAGCCAGAUCUUCAUCAUGGGCGGUGACACCGAGUUCACGGCCGCCUCCGCCUACCGCUUCGACUGUGAGACCAACCAGUGGACGCGGAUCGGAGACAUGACCGCCAAACGCAUGUCCUGCCACGCCCUGGCCUCGGGCAACAAGCUCUACGUUGUGGGGGGCUACUUCGGGACCCAGAGGUGUAAGACCCUGGACUGCUAUGACCCCACAUCGGACACGUGGAACUGCAUCACCACGGUGCCCUACUCGCUCAUCCCCACUGCCUUUGUCAGCACCUGGAAACACCUGCCUUCGUGAGGAGCGCAUGCAGGGCCCAGCCAGACUCCGUGUGUCUGUCCCCACCCCGCGGCCGCAGCCCUCACCGCCAGAGUGGCCCUGACCCUGUCUGCCACUGCAGGAAGCCUGGCCCGGCCCCACACCAGCACUUGAAGUGGCCGGAAGCCGGCCCCACCGGCUCUGGGAGCAGCAUUCUCGGGGCUGUUGUGAGCUUUAGACAAGGGAAGAGAAGCUGUCUCAAGAGCCCUGUGUGUCUGUCUGAGGCCUUGGCCUCUGUGAGGUGGUUUGCAGGGGAGAGGACCUUCCAGAGGGGCGUGGACCGACCCCAGGACUCCCUCGGCCUUGGGGCAGAGACACAUCCGCAGAGUCGUGGCCUGUUGCCGCAAACCCCGCUCGGGGGGCUGAGAGGAGCCCUGGGCGGGCUGGGGUGGGUGGCACCAGGCGGUCACACAGCACUGACAAAACAGCCUUUGCCUCGUCGCCCUGCUGUGACCAUAAUGUCACCCAGCACGGGGUGUGUCAGGUCUCAUGGAAGCCGGGUCCACCAGGACUGAGAGCAGAGCUACCUGGGAGAAAUGAAGACACACUGUGUAGGGGGCAGAAACCCAUAGGGUGACCUCAUGGCACCUGCAGGACUUCGUUAGCAAAUGGCCCUGAGACCCCCCAGCGUUAAAGCAGAAACCCUUGUGCGCCCCUCCCCAGGGUGGGGCUGUGCUCUCUGUGACCUCCCCACCUUCCUCCCAGUCAGGGCAGCUGUGCCAGGUGCAGAGGGACACUCAUGCCCCAUCGCAGUGGGACUCAGGGGCCUGUGUCCUGUUAGACGAGGGUGCCCUCAGGGGCUGCCCCCCUCAGAGCCUGCCGGUCCCAAGAGGUGGCAAUGACCCCAUCAUCUCCCGACAAGACCGUGAGGGCCCUUAGACCCGGAGCAGGUGUGAGCUGAGGACCCCAGGGUCACCUUAGGGCACCCACUCUGGAGCCCACCAGCAUGGAUGACAGCAGCUAGGCCCGUGACCCCCGGCGUCCAGGUGGCCGGUUUGCUCCCUGAGCUGCAAAAGG